UAUUGGUAUCCUCUGGUAUAUUUGCGUCGAUGCAGCGUUCGCUGUAUAGGUCUGCAAAUAACUCUCCCUAAAGCGCUGCUGGAGGGAUGAAUAAAUUUCAAGGCUAUGUAACAUGGUGAUUGGAACCUUUGCACGGUUAUCAGUCGCCUUACAGCGAAAGCUGAAUUGCCUGCAAGACACCGCCACACGAGAUGUUUCUAGUCGAUGUAGAGCACUGCAUUGAGUAUUGGCUAAGCGACUCCUGAGAGUGCUACUUUGAGCUUACAGCAUCUUUACCUAGCAGACGGUAUUUGCAGCUGCCGAGCCCAAUGGUUUGGAUUUGGAGGCUUGACCAUAUUAGUAUAGGCUGAUGAUUACUUUUGCUAGAGAAGUGGCAUGUCGGAGGAUGAUCGACAGGUCAUCUGGCCUCUUUCUCAGCUAAAAUUCUCUGGAUCUGCGAAGUGCUGUAUUUUCUGGUCAGCAAGUGAAGGAUCUUAAUUUUUGGUCUAGCGAACGUUUUCUUCGUUUUUCUAUCACGCGCUUCCUGCUGACUGCACUUUCGUAAGCCAUGGAUACCAACUUCGACGAGAUUUUCGGAGACUGGCAGAACCAGUACUUUGAAACACUGUGCCCGGAAAUCAAUUCUUGUAGUGAAAGUGGUGUGACGAGCUUCUUGGAUGACAUUAUCGAUGUCAAAGAAAGCGUCACAUUGGCUUCCUGCCCUUCCAAUUUAGAGCCAAGUUCCUCGGUUGUAUUCUCAACUCGUGCUAAUGCGCCCUCGGUUUCAAGUCCCCUGUGGGCUUUGCAGACACCAGUCUCGGUUGCUUAUAUUCAGAACGAUGUGAGCUCUGUCACUGACAAACUGCUGGAUCAAGUGGUUCCAUCCCCUGAGUUAAUUUCGCCCAUGUCGACUUCCUCACCAGGAAGCGUAAAAAUUUGCAUAAAUUCUGGUUUGAAACGUCAACUGCAACCCCUCAUUGCAGAACAAAGCUCCUCACCUUCGAAACGCAAGAAACUGAACCCAGCAAGCCAAUCCCAGAUUGCGCCGAAAACAAAGGAGUUGUUUAAGGCUUUUAAACAAUCCGUAGGGAGCCGGAUACCAACCCCUGAGGAGCACAUUCUUAGAGAGCGAAAGCGACGCUUAGACAUGGCUUCGAAGUUCCAGGUGCUGGAGUCAAUAUUGCCUGCUGGAAUCAAAAUUGUUGUGGCGAUGAAUUCUGCAUCCCUAAAACCCUCACUGAGUCGCGAAAAAGCUGUGGUUGUAGAGGACGCAAUAAAGCUGGUGAAGAUGUUGCAACUUCGUAAAGAGGAGCUUUUGAAGCGCCGCUCAAAUUUGAAGCUGGAGUUGCUUAUUCAAAGCUCGGAAGCGCCACGAUAUCGAAGACAGAGUAAAACAUGUCCAGUCCCUCGCAAAGCUGGUGACAAGAAGUUUGACGCAAUUCAAUCGAAUCAACCUAAGCAUAUCAUCUACAAAGGAGGCGACCUGUUGAAGCAAAUACCUCCGAUUGUAGAUCGAGGGAAGCCUAUCAACACUGCGUGGAUGACGGGAAAUCCGCAGAACCUGAUCGUACCGACUUCUGUUCAUCACAACACAGCGGCCAGUAGGGACAUCAUCAGCCCCGAGAACCUCCGCAUCCAUGCUCAGGUUUCUGAGGAGGAAAUUUUAGUGGAGAUUUUUUUGCAUCGGUAUCCAUUCAACUUGCAGAUUCGCCUUUUUCAAUCGAUGGAAUCCCUGAAGCUAGAUGUCGUUCGCUGUAGCAUACUAAGACUACCAUUUGAGUUCGUGGAGUGCUUCAUCGUUGCCAAGCCUUACGUGGACUCAAUUACGUGGCGACUUCACGAGGUGCGAACAGCCGCUAGUGUUCUGAUUGAAGCUCUGCAAGCAAAUUUCAAACGCGUCUAAGAUAGCAAUCCCACGAAGGAUUCUUCCCACGUUGAGUGUAGCAUUACCCCACCGACUGUCUUUUUAGUAUCGAUCAGGAGAAUUAAGCCACGAUGAUGUAUCUUUCACCGAUGUGCAGAGCUUGCUUAAGCAUGCUAUGAUACAUGCUGCAGGCCACACUGUGAAGUUCCAAUCCAAGCCGUACUGAUUUUCCCCUUGAAUCUAUGCAAUGUUGUGGCAGAAGACUUCCUUAGAUGAUAUAGAAGAACCGUGAGAAACCAUCAACAUGUAUUGUAAGUAACGUGGGAGCAGUUGGAUCAUCCCCGAUCAUGCAUUCCGACAGGUUCCCAUUUAGGCCCCAGAGUUUGAUCCAUCCAAGAUGGUCGCACUGCAGUAAAUCUCGAUUGUACACCGAUCUAGGCACGAACCUCGGCUUGAUCAUGGGCUGCUUCCAGAAUGCCUCACAUUCCACGAUUGAUCGGGAUAAGUCGCGGUUGGGGUGUGCAUGUAUCACAGAAAUUGGGUUGCAUCAGUUUGAUCAUUUCAAAGACCAGGUCAUGCUACUGGCACCAUUCACAAGGCCAGAGCCGAAACUUUAUAGCUCAAACUCGAAACACUGGUUUCGAAACUGAUCGUCUAUGCAACGAAGCUAGUUGUCCACGUUGCUCUGUUUUUGCACGGAACGACACUGCUCAUGUGAAACCACAUCCUGGUUUUGCUUUAAUCCCCUUCUCUUUAAUAUAUUGCCUUUGGUGCUUCGAUGCGGUUGUCCAACAGAAUGCGACACGAGGGCAUCAUUUCGGACCAAAAUCCUCGAUUGAUCAUAUUUGAUUCCUUCCUGAAAAUCUGCUCUGGGCUUGAGCACCUGGAAUCUUUAGACUGCACGUGUUGUUAGAAGCAGUGGUGGAAGCCAGUUGCACGUCAUUCAAGUGCUUCAGAUACAUAUAUUUAUAUAUUUACAUUUUUUUCACGUUUA